AUGGUGUUUUCCCUUCUCGCUCUAACUGUGUUGUCCUUCUCUCUCUACAAAGUAAUUACGUUCGUCGCUACACAUGAUGAAGCAGACAAAGAACACUCGCCAGAAGAAUACGCAAAUGUCGCCAACAGUCUCUACAUAGUGCAUUCGUAUAUGAUGAUUGUAUACUUGUAUAAUUUUAUUAUAAGUAUCAUGCUUAUUAUUGGAGUGCAUAUGAAUAAAACAAUUUUAAUGCGAGCUUACUUCCAAUCCGGCUUGUUCUUGUUGAUGCUGGCGUUGGCGACUGUGGUGGUCUCGACAGUGUUUUUACACUUUAUUGCGACAAUAACUUUUCUUAAAUGGAGUGUUAUCAUUUUCUACUGCCUAGUAGUAGUGAGGAGCUCAUAUCUUGAAAUUGAAGAGAAGAACAAACCACGAGAUUUUGAGAUGCAAAAUCUCUACAUUACUCAUAGAGCCCCUCUGCUG